UCGGAAAUUCCUCGGUAUAUUCCGAGGAUUUCAUUUUCCGUCGGAAUGUCCGUCAGAAUAUCGCUGUUUUCUUGUAGUGGUGGUUUCCAUGGCUUCAACGAUAAUGCAGAUUUAUCCAUAUUUCGAUACCAAAUAUAUUGUAUCGAAAUAUAGAUUUUAAAAGAUUCUCCAUUUGUGUUCUCCUAAAGUUGAUCUUCUCAUCUUGAUCUUGUGAUGUAGUUGCUUCUUAAAAGCUUGUAACUUUCGUGGAUCCCAAAUUCUUCGGCCAAGGCACCAUCUAUAAGGAUGAAUAAGCAAGAUUUCAUCGCAGUGGACUUUUUCCACCACGGAGAUAGAAGAUGUCAUAGUGAACUUGCCGUAAGACUGUCCCGUACCGACACCGUGAAUGUAUUCAUAUAACAUGUUACGUACCGAAUGUUGUUGCGUUAGACCUCUUGUUGACGAUGGAUGAACCGAUCUCAAACCCUGAAAAUCCAGAUUCUGAUUGAUGAUGAUCAUCAUCAAGACGAAGCCCUCCACAACCACCACGGUUACGAGAAAGAGAAAUGACAAAAUACUAUGUAUUUGUCGUUGGAGAAGAGCCAUAACCAUGGCUAUUUUCAUCACUGCAAUCACCAUGAUGACGUUUGGAUUGUAGAUGCAUCACCAGAAACACUAGUUGUUGCUUUGAUCAGAGCCAAAUUUUGAUCAGUGGGAAGGAGAAAAAUUCGCACUUACGAUCAGUGGCACGUCCCUGUUUUAUUUCAAAGGUCUGUUAACGUCUUUCGCAUCACUAAUUUUCUCCUUUUUUAUUUUCAUUUUUCUUUUUCUCUAUAGUGACAUUAAACCCACUCAGGAAUUACCAUAGGAAAGUCCAGAUUGUUUUAAUAUUACUCACCGACCACCUUCCUAUAUUCGGUAACUUCUCAUUAAUUUUUGCACAUUUUUUUAGAUAUUAUGUUCUUCUUAUAUAUGAGUAGUAAUAUACUUCCUCAGUUUUACAAUAUAUGAUUUUUUGGCUUGUUGCACAAAAAUGAAAAAUUUUACUUUUAUCUAAAAAGCAUUUAAAAAAAUAGAAUUUAAAAAUUAUUGAACCAAUUAUAGAAAAGAUUAUAAAAUCUAUUUUUUAAAUCUUACUAUUAUUAGAUUUUAAAAACCGUUACAUGCAAUGACCGGAGCCAUACAGUUCAACAAGCUAUCACAAAAGUGAAAUAUAUCACAUAAAGAACCAGAGACAAUCGUAGUUUCGAUUGAAUUGUGGUAGAAAAAUAAUAAUUAAAUUUAGCCAUUUCCACGUCCGCGUCCAUGGCUUCUUCGGCCGCUACAUGUGAACUGGAAAUGCAACUCUCUAGCUUUUGUUGGUGGCUUAACUGGUCUUUCUCGAAAUAUUCUUUUUCCAUAAGGUGUCAUAAUUAAGAUCCAUCGAGUUCAUCUCUAAGAUAAAAUUCGGUGGGACUCCUUCUUCCAAAGAUCUCAAUGAGGCAGACUUGUUUGAGCGGUCCAGCUAUUCUACUACCUUCUCUUUGGACCGUUGGAGGUACUUGAGCUAUCAAAGUAUCCGUGAUUGGCAAUGAACGAGUAGACUCCAUACUCGGGGAGACACCAGCUUCAUUGAUACAAUUAAAAGUAGGAGAAACAUACAUUGUUCUCAGGUUCCGUAAUAAUAAUUUAAUUGGUUAUUAAAUUUCAAUAAAAAUAAUUAACAUAAAAGUAUCAAAACAUUUUCUAUUUUCAAAUAACAAAAUUUUUUUAAAACAUUAUCUAUUUUGAAACCGAAAGAUAUCAUCAGUACAAACUCUGAUACCAAGCAUUGGAAGCUUGAGAUUCCGGCCCAAAAUAAUAUGAGUUAUUAUUCGGCCUUUAUUAUUCAAAACCUCUUUAUAGCGUGGUGGUUUAACUAACUGAUAUGCUGUCUAAGGUCAUAAGUUGGAAACACUUCUUUUACUAUUCAUCUCUUUUUUUUAAAACAUAUCUAUUAUCGGCCAUAAUUUUAUUUUGGGCUUCUGGUCUUAAUAUUUACCAGGCCAGCACUGGAUAUCAUGCAACAGUAAAAAAAAUCAAAGCUUGAAUUAUGAUACAGUUACAUCGUUUAGCAGUACACAAGCCGACAUAAAAAGAAAAGAAAGUCAAAUGGUUUCGUCAUGGGUUGUUUCAUCCAAAGGAAGAUUGACAUGUGUUUCUUUGUCUUUCAUUUGCUUGGUGAACAAAUAAUUAUAUCAACGAAAACGUCAAACGUGUAACAUAUUCCAACAAAAGAAAAGCUUCUAUACUACAGCUCUGAUAAUUGAUUUGAUUUAGACAUAAUUUCAUACUCAUCUGGACCUACUUUACUAACCUGAUUCACUGUAUUCCUGGAUAUUAUCAUAAACAUCAGUUUUUUGAUAAGUAAUAUUAUCAUAAACAUGUUUUCUUUAUAAGUGAUCACAGAACAUAAAUUACAUAGAGAGAGAGAGAGAGAGAGAGAGAAUACGACCGCGAAGGAAAUGCAAACGCCGAUGAUAAUCUCUGGAGGAGAAGAUAACGAGGACGAGUAUACUCCUGACGAAAUCAUGCAGCUCGUUGAGUCUUCUUCACCGACGACGAACGUCUACGACGGAACUAACUUUUCCGGCGAGGAGAGUUUCAGAGUGAGGUUUACCGACGAUCCGUACGCGGUUCCGGUGGUUGUUCAGUCAUCUACGGGUUACAUCACGAUCAACGUCAACGAGGAGAGCUGUGGUCCUUCGUUUUCAGACAGCAACGCUUCCGCCAUGGCGAGCGUCGACGCAAGCGGUCUGUUCGGUUGCUGCCUCGGUUCGAACGGCGCGUGGAGUACAGACGAGGUGAGAGUGAGAGUGAGAGUGAGAGUGAGAGUGAGAGUGAGAGUGAGAGUGGGACGACGAAUUGCUGGCGAGGUUUCUUGGCGAAGACAGUGUUUGACCAAUGUGUCGUCUUGCGGAGAAAACUUUUAAGUGUUUGAGGGUAUUUUGGUCAAUUUGAUGGGAUGUGAUUAUGUGAAAACUGAUAUGCAUGUUGUCAAUAGCCCUGGGACGGAUCCGGAUAUCCGAGAAAUUUAGGGUAUCCGGAUCCGGAUCCGUGGAUUUAAUAUCCGGAUCCGGAUUCGUGGUUUCCGGAUAUCCGGGUUUCGGAUAUCCGUCUCGAUAUUCUAU